UAGUGCUAGCCCGCCAUUCAGGCACAUCCCUCCAAGUCGAGACACCGACACAGCGACAUCAGCACUGUGAACGUUCUCAAUUUCCUUCCAGAACUAUCAGUCGUUCCCAAACUCAUCAAUUGCAACCUGCACCGGGUCUGUGGAAACGAUCAUCAGCUGUCGUACGCUACAUCCCGUUGCUCGGUGAAUCUAGGUCCGUUCGUGAACCUGUUAUGAGUAUAAGUAGCAUCCAUCUGAGACCUCUCUGCCGAUCUGGGCCAUUCACGCGCGAUCCCUGCGGCCCAGUCGAUGUGACCUUUCGCACCUGACGUCGGUUCCAACCACUUUAAUCCAUCGUGAUCCAUCGUGAUCCUUUACUGACCUACACUGAGAGCACCCCAGAAGCUAACAGCAAUAUCUAUACCAUGUGGAUUGAACGGCUCCAUUCACUGACGAGGGGACUGCUAUCCUUGCAGAAUGUAUUUGGGGGCGUGCCCACGGCAUCGCGAGAACAGCCUAAGCCAGAUCAAGACAGAGCCGCAGCGGUCAAAGAAGUGUUCAAGGAAUCAUGGCAAGGGUACUACCAACAUGCGUUCCCUCACGACAGUCUGCGGCCAAUCUCAAUGUCAUACGUUGACAACAGAAACGGAUGGGGAGUGACAGCGAUUGAUGCACUCUCAACAGCCAUUGUCAUGGGCGAGUCAGAGACCGUCGAGCAGAUCCUAGAGCUUGUUCCCACCGUUGACUUCACCACGACCAAAAAGGAGAAAGAAAUGGUGUCCGUUUUUGAAACAAACAUCCGCUACAUAGGCGGGUUGCUUUCAGCGUAUGAUCUUCUGACUGGCCCCAUGAAAGACACGAUUAAGGAUUCAGAGGCGGUUGAGUGUCUUCUGCAACAGGCUCAAACACUUGCAGACAGCUUGAUCAUCGCCUUCGACACGCCCACGGGCAUUCCAGAGGGGGAUAUUGUUCUCAACCCCAAGCCUGCGCAACUCCCCAAAGGUCAGAAUACGAUCGCAGGUUUUGGAACACUCGUCCUUGAAUGGACUCAUCUGAGCGACCUCACCGGGGACGGGAAAUACGCCAAUCUGACGCAGCACGCUCAAGCAUACCUCCUCGAUCCAAUGGGCGUGCUUGGAGGUUUCCCUGGGCUGCUGGGGAAACAGGUCAGUACCGAGACUGGGGAGUUCCUGGAUAGCAGCGGCAGUUGGGGCGCGAGCCGGGACAGCUUCUACGAAUAUCUCAUCAAGAUGUACCUGUAUGAUCCUGUCGCGUUUUCACUGUACCGAGACCGAUGGGUGCUGGCAGCCGACUCAACCAUGGAGUACCUGGCGUCGCACCCAUCGUCACGGCAAGAGCUGACUUUUCUCUCCGAUUUUGAGGGCAACGAGACGUUCCCUCGCUCAGGACACUUGGCCAGCUUUGCUGGAGGUAACUUUAUACUUGGAGGCAUCGUUCUUGGCCAACGCAAAUACGUUGACUUUGGCCUCGCACUUACUGAUUCUCACCACGAGACAUACCGUGGUACCGCCACAGGAAUCGGCCCGGAAGGAUUCCGUUGGAUUGACAGCGAUCACCCAGACGGAGAUGUUCCGAAGGACAAGGUCAAGUUUUACGAGGAGAAUGGCUUCUGGCCCACAUCAUCAAGCUACGUCCUUCGACCAGAAACCAUGGAGAGCAUCUAUCAAGCAUAUCGUGUCACGGGCGACACCAAGUAUCAAGACCUUGCCUGGGAAGCCUUUGGUAAUAUCAAGAAAGUUUGCCGCGCCGGCGUCGGCUACUCCAGCAUCAGAGACGUGAACGCCGCAAUGGGCGGGGGCUUCACGGACUUCGAGGAAAGCUUCUGGAUGGCGGAGACACUCAAAUAUCUCUACCUGAUCUUUGGUCCCGAGUCGGAGGUGCAGAUCCAGGCGGAUGGGGCCAACACGUUCGUAUUCAACACCGAGGCGCAUCCUCUCAGAGUCAGAAACAGGUCCUAAUGAGUAUACUAUCGUGCCGUAUCCCAAUAUUGUUGGAAGGCAAUCUGCUUGCGUCACGUCUUUAGAUUGCCCUCAAUCCAGCCGCCGGUCAACAAAAAGCUCCGCUUUGGUGAUAAAUCUAGUUGCAAGUUUUUGGAAAGGAUUGAAACUUUCGGCAACCUUCCAGGCUUGACGAGGCUUAUGAGGGGGCGCGGUGAACUGGCAGCUGAUGUUCGAUACCUCUCGCCAACUGACCUCCUGGGACCUCUGAAUUUCAGUGCUGCGUUUCUGCGUUGAUGGAGGCCCUACACAAAUAUUUUAGACAGAUGACUGGAGCAUAGGAAGGGACUUGGAGUCGUGCAUACAACAAGACUGCGUUGACUCGGAUA